AUGGUCAAGGGCAAUGCGCAGCCCGGCAUCUACAGUGCUACAUACAGUGGUAUCCCCGUUUACGAGUUUCAAUUCGGAGAUGAUCUCAAAGAGCAUGUUAUGCGAAGGAGGCAGGAUGACUGGAUCAAUGCGACACAUAUCCUGAAAGCUGCUGGGUUCGACAAGCCCGCCCGAACACGCAUUCUCGAGCGAGAGGUCCAAAAGGAAAAGCACGAGAAGAUUCAAGGAGGCUAUGGAAAGUACCAGGGAACAUGGAUUCCUCUCGACAAAGGCGUGGCUCUUGCCCAACGCAACAAUAUCUUCGACCGUCUGCGACCGAUUUUCGAGUACGUCCCGGGCGACCAGAGUCCCCCUCCCGCCCCACGACACACCAGCAAACCCAAGGCACCGAAGAAACCCGCGGUGCCCAAGUGGCCCAGUGCGAGCUUUCAGCAGCAACAGCAGCCCCCUCCGCCCACUGCCAACAACUCAAUGCAAGGCGCUACGCAACUCGAGGAGUUUGAGGCCAUUGACGGCCUAAUGAAUGAAGACGAUACUCCGGACAACCUGACUGUUGCGUCUGCCUCCUACAUGGCAGAGGACGACCGUUUCGACAUGUCACACCACUCGACCGGCCACAGGAAGAGGAAGAGGGAGGAGGCUAUCCAAGAUAUGACCCAGCAACAGCACUCUCUAUACGGAGACGAGCUUUUGGACUACUUUCUUCUUUCUAGAAACGAGAAGCCAGCAUACCGCCCAGAGCCGCCACCAAAUUUCCAGCCAAAUUGGAUUAUCGACUCGGAGGAACACACAGCUUUGCACUGGGCGUCGGCCAUGGGUGAUUUGGACGUCAUCAAGCAGCUGCGUCGCUUCGGGGCGAGUCUGUCGGUGCAAAACGUGAGAGGAGAAACGCCCUUCAUGCGCUCAGUACACUUCACAAAUUGCUACGAGAAGCAAACGUUUCCGCAAGUGAUGAAGGAACUGUUCGAUACGGUUGACGCCAGAGAUCAUUCAGGGUGCACUGUCAUUCACCAUGCUGCGGUGAUGAAGAACGGCAGGGUAGUCAGCCACUCAUGCUCAAGAUACUACCUGGACAACAUUCUCAACAAACUUCAAGAAACACAUGAACCUGCCUACGUGCAACAAAUCAUCGACGCGCAAGACAAUGAGGGCAACACCGCCCUUCAUCUCGCAGCACAACGGAAUGCCAAGAAAUGCAUCAGGGCGCUUCUUGGUCGUCAGGCGUCAGCCAAUAUUCCCAAUCACGAGGGUGUACGGGCAGAGGACCUCAUCGCUCAGCUCAACGCAAGCAAGAAGGAUCGCGGGCCUCAACGCUCAUCCUCCCCUUUUGCGCCGGACUCUCAACGGCAUGUCUCCUUCAGGGACGCCAUGCCGGAGAAAAUGAGCAGCAAGAAGCUCGCUCUGACUUCUUUUAACUCGGAAGCCGCCAAUACGGUGCAAGCACGCAUCACGCCUCUAAUCAUGGAGAAGUUCCAGGACCUGGCAGGCAGUUACGACGAGGAGAUCCGGGAAAAGGACACGGCCGAAAAGGAAGCUCGCCGCAUCCUUUCAAAUACACAAGCAGAACUUAAUGCUGUGCGCCAACAAAUGGCCGAGCUUGAAGCACAACUUGAGGCGGACGAUGGGGCUGCGCAGAUCAUGAGCGAGGCAACUUUGGCCAACCACCAAGUCAUGUCACUCAUCACGCAUCAAAACCGUCUCCAUGUGCAACAAGCCGUCGAUCAGGAGAUAAGCAUGCUCAACGGCGACGUCGACGAGGCCACAUAUGACGACCGGCUGUCCCUGGCUCGGCAACUCCAGGCAAUGCUCUCGGAGCAGAGGCAGUCAGAAUCAGACUACGUCGAGGCGCUGAGCAUGGUCGGCACUGGGGAGAACAUUGACAAGUAUCGCCGUCUGCUACGCAAAUGCCUCGACCCAGCAGACGCAGAGAACCUCGACGCCAACCUGGAUAACCUCAUUGGAGUAAUGGAGGAAGAUCGCGAUUUGCCAUCUGACGGCCCUGAGCCCAUGGACGUCGGUAUGGGCAUCGGCAUCGGCAUUGGCGGCUUGUAA